AUGUCUCGAUCUCGCUCACGAUCGUCCUCUAGGCGGAGAGAUCGAAUUUCGGAUAGACCUCCUCCGCGGUAUAGAGACGACUACAGAGAACAGAGAAGAGACAGGUCGCGAAACGGAGAACAAGAGCGAGAGCGCAGAAGGUCGACUAGUCCAAACCGCAACGACGAAAGAUACCCUCGCAAAGAUCGAGGUAGCGAUCGGCGUAGGGACGAAGACUGGACCAGCACCCGAACCAGGGACAGGGACAACACAAGACAACGGCCGAGAUCUCGCUCACCCCGCAGACACUCACCGGCGCCCUUCCAGCGAUCGAAGCGGCCUCUUCCCUCACAGAACGACGCAUUCAAAGGAGGCAAUGACAUUGGAAGCCCCGGGCCGCCAGCCGUAGAGAAACAGAAGCCAAACUACCGACCGUCCGGCCUCCUUGCAGCCGCAGCCAACACGGUGACAACAUCAAGAGGCGGUAGCGUUGUGCUGAAAUACCAUGAACCAGCCGAAGCUCGCAAACCCUCGGCCUCGCAGACAUGGCGACUUUACGUCUUCAAGGGAGACGAGAUCCUCGACACGCUCGACCUCUUCUCUCAAUCAUGCUGGCUGUUUGGCCGCGAGGCUUCCGUCUGCGAUUACCUGAUUGAGCACCCGAGCUGUUCCAAGCAGCACGCCGUCAUUCAAUUUCGCUACAUGGAAAAGAAGAACGAAUUCGGCGACAAGGUCGGCCGAGUCAGGCCAUAUCUAAUCGAUUUGGAAAGCGGCAACGGGACAAAGGUCAACAACGAAGCCGCGCCCGCCGGGAGAUAUUUCGAGCUGAGGGAUAAAGAUGUCCUUAAGUUUGGGCAUUCGACCAGGGAAUAUGUGGUCCAGCUGCCAAAGCCAUGA